GCUUCCCUCACCUCACCCACCCUCUUCUUUGUGCUUCCUCCCACGCCGCGCGAGCGAGCGGGCGCAGCUUAAACCCGACCCACGCCAUGGCUCUCCCCACCACCUCCCCUCUCGCCGCGGCCGCAGCGAGGCCCGGCGCGCUCCCGUCGCCGCCCCGCCGCCGGCCCCCGCGCGUCUCCUGCCAGGCGACCCAAGGGGGUUCUCGUGGCGGCAAUUCGUCCAGCACCUCGCCGCCAGCGGCGCCGAGGUGGCGUGCCGCUGUUUCCGCAGCCCUCGCGGCGGCGAUCGUGUCCGCAAUGCCGGCCUACGCGGAUCUUAACAAGUUCGAGGCGGAGCAGCGUGGCGAGUUCGGCAUUGGCUCCGCCGCGCAGUUUGGGUCGGCCGACCUCAAGAAGGCCGUUCAUGUUAAUGAGAACUUCAGGCGGGCAAACUUCACAGCGGCUGAUAUGAGGGAGUCAAAUUUCAGUGGUUCCACAUUCAAUGGUGCCUAUCUUGAAAAGGCUGUUGCUUAUAGAGCAAAUUUCACUGGCGCAGAUUUGAGUGAUACUUUGAUGGACCGCAUGGUUCUCAAUGAAGCUAACCUUACCAAUGCUGUGCUUGUACGGUCAGUCCUUACACGUAGUGAUCUUGGUGGAGCAAUCAUCGAAGGUGCUGACUUCAGUGAUGCUGUUAUUGACCUAACACAGAAACAGGCUUUGUGCAAAUAUGCAAAUGGAACCAACCCUUUAACAGGGGUCAGCACUCGGAAAAGCCUUGGAUGUGGCAAUAGUCGCCGAAAUGCAUAUGGGAGCCCUUCUUCUCCUCUUUUAAGUGCUCCACCACCCAAACUUCUGGACCGUGAUGGUUUCUGUGAUGAAGCAACUGGUAUGUGUGACGCAAAAUAAAAGAGGAAUUAUCCAACAUACUGCAGAAAUUGGGCACUGAAUGCUGUAUCUACAUUGGAGAUUGGGUGAAAGACAAAGCAGACCGGUUCAGGAUUCAGAGAAUUGUGCUGUUUGUGCUCUUUCCAGGUGAUGUAACGUUGCAGUGUAAUCAGGUAAACUAGGAAUGUAGAUAUGUUAUGGAUACUGAACUACGUACUGAAGUGAUAGAAACUGAUGCCGUAUAUAUACAUAUCAAAGUGCUCCAGAAUUCAUUCGCUACAUACCUACAGACUACUGCUGGCACUAGCUAGCUAGAGAGUAUUUUGUCAGUAAAUAAACUUAUCAUUCCUUUUCAAUGAAUUGGGAUACAUCUAUAAAGUUCACAAACAUUUCUGA